CAAUUGGCGAGAUCGCAAUGCCCAGCGCUGUCCCCACAAUCGACGACGCGAUCGACUGCGAUCCAGCCUUGGCUGUGAUGUCGGCCAGGUUUUCUUUCUGCGCAAACGAGUAGUGAAACCCGGCGCGGGUUGCGCUCGACGACAACCACGAGAUGUUUUUGGCCACGUUGGCUGUCGCAGCCAUGGGCAAAAAGUAGGCCGGACAGAGCGGGGUGAGGAUUUCGACGAGGGUCGCUGCGUCCAUGGCAAAGGCCGACACCAUGCGCCACCGCUACGCGACGUUUGGUCAACUAUAGAGCUCUUCACGAGGGCAGUGCAAUACGUUUUGGGGAAUACACUGGAAUCGAACCCACAUUCAACAAGGCGUCCAAGUCACGACAUCGCCGAUGCAUUUUGGAUCGCAGACUUGACUGCGCGCCCCCCCCACGAUGCAAUCCAAACUCCAUCCAUGAAGCGAAACCCGGCGGAAUUACGCAAACGACGUACCUUGGGGUCUGCGUCGAAGCGAUGGUUGACGAGGCUUGCGAACAGGACACCACCAAACUGCCCCAACCCAUCCUUGAUGACCCAAUUGAGCGCGGCUGCCAUGGGAAUCGCGCCGCUCUGGAGACCGAUCGCGAAUAAGAGCGAUUGCAUCGAGAGGACCCCGCACGUCGAGCCAGCGACGCUCGCGAUGAACUGGUAUCUGACAUAUGGCAGAUAGUCUGGACUUGUUGACGUGGUAUGGUCGCGCGGAAGGAACAAGUCUUCAAGAAGCAAUGGGAUAUUUCGGAUCGACUCUGCCAGGGAUGGCGUUGACGACGCCAUGAGUUCCAGCGUCCGUGACCUCGACCCGGCUGGUGUGUGGAACGCAUACUCACGAUGGCCAUGUUGUUGCGAGGCAGUCAGUGGUCGCUUCUCAACCGUCUUGUGGAUUGCACGGAAGCAGCGGGGAAACGAUGCCGCCGCAUGGACGCAGCGCAUGCGGCGCGACACCAGCAUCCUCGCGCGGUGGUUGCUCCGAAUUGAGUCGACAAUAUCCGGAUACCGUCCCAGUUUGAAGCACUGGGGUUGGCUACCCGGAUAACAUGCACCCAAUGAGUAGCAGCGUAGGAACAUGCGAACCUGACCAAGAAACCUCGAAACCCCGGAACCCCGAAACCCCGCCAAGGAAAUGCAGGGGUUUGCUUUGGGAAGCAGACCACCUCGAUGAAGCAGCGUAUUUCCACGAUGAAGCAGCGUAUUGCCACGCAGUCUCACCAGCACCCAAAAUGGCACUUCGACGGCAUGGUUUCCUCCGACGAAGUUGCAUGCGUUGCUUCGUAGCUGCCAUGGUGGCGGACAGCAAGUCGUUCCUCGGUGAGCUCAUUCAAGUAUUGGGAAGAUUUAAGCUUGAAGAGCGUGGUGGGGGGAUGGUGAAGUCAUGUGAGAGACGAAGCAGCGUCGACUGGGACAGCGAGGGAGCCGCGGCCGUUGAGGGCACUGCCGUGGAUAGAUAACGCACGAGUCGACGAUUCCAUCGGAGCGACGGCGAGGUAAAGCAAGUGGACUUGUCACGGGCAGACUAGAGAUAACUGAAGCCUCCAACCUUGCCAACUGCAA